AUGAAUUCUUUAGAAUUUGAAUCAAAGACGACAACUGUUCCAGAAGAAACUGGUAAAAAAGAAUAUUGGAUAUUCGGAUAUGGUUCUCUAGUUUGGAAACCGCCACCAGUAUACAAUAAAAAGUUAAUAUUUUAUUACCAGGAUAUAUUAAAGGACAUGUUCGGAGGUUUUGGCAGGCAUGUACUUUCUAUCAAAAUAGAGUUUAUUGGCACCUUAAAUUUAACGAUCCGAAUAUUUCGUGAUAUUAUUCUUCAGCGAAGUACAGACCAUCGAGGAACUAUAGAAAAACCAGGUCGAGUUGUUACAUUGAUCCCUAUUGAAGAGUGGAAAUUACUUGACGAUUUUCAUGAUCAUAAAGAAGACGAUGUUACAUGGGGUAUUGUCUAUAAAAUCAGCGAGGAAGACAUUAAGGAGAUGAUGGAUUAUUUGGAUUAUCGAGAGAAGAAUGGAUACACCAUACAUUAUUUGGAUGUGUAUCAGCUUGGAAGUGGAGAACCCAUUGUAAAGAAUGCGAUGGUAUAUAUUGGUACAACCAAGAAUGAAGAAUACGUCGGACCAGCUCCUCUGAAUUCCUUGGCUCAACAAAUAUAUGAAUGUCCUAGCGGUUCCAAUCGAGAAUAUUUACUUAAACUUGCAUCUGCGCUUAGAGAAAUAGCACCAGACGCAUAUGAUGGUCACCUAUUUGAUCUAGAAGAAAGAGUCAAAAGCAUGAUCAAACGUUCAGAAAUAUUAUAG